CCAAUAACCCAAUCCACAGAACCACACGCACCAACGACCAAUUGCAAGCAACGCACGCACUAUCCCUGCGCCGGAAUAAGCAGCAUCUCUCGCCAUGCGCCGUCUGUCCCUCUUCCUCCUCCUGGCCGCGGCGGCCCUGACCGGCGCCGCGGCGGGCGGCCCACCGGCGACAACACCCAUCAAGCUAUCGCCAACCUUCUACAGCCAGACGUGCCCGCGCGCGGAGCGGAUCGUGGCAGAGGUCGUCCAAUCAAAGCAGAUGCAGAACCCGACGACGGCCGCGGGCGUCCUCCGGGUCUUCUUCCACGACUGCUUCGUCACCGGCUGCGACGCCUCCGUCCUCAUCGCGCCCACCCACUUCGCGAAAUCCGAAAAGGACGCCGACAUCAACCACUCUCUCCCCGGCGACGCCUUCGACGCGGUGGUCCGCUCAAAGCUCGCGCUAGAACUCGAGUGCCCGGGCGUCGUCUCCUGCGCCGACAUCCUCGCCCUGGCAUCCGGGGUCCUCGUCACAAUGACAGGCGGGCCCAGGUUCCCGGUCCCUCUAGGCCGCAAGGACUCGCUCUCGUCUUCCCCGACAGCCCCCGACAUCGAGCUCCCGCACUCAAACUUCACCAUCUCCCGCAUCAUCGAGCUCUUCUUGGCAAAAAACUUCACGGUCCAGGAAAUGGUGGCCUUAUCCGGGGCGCACACGCUGGGAUUCUCCCACUGCCAGGAGUUCGCGUCCAGGAUCUACAACUACCACGACAAGGCCGGCAAGCCGCUGCCGUUCGACCCGAGCAUGAACCCCGGGUACGCCAAGGGGCUCCAGGACGCCUGCAAGGACUACCUCAAGGACCCGACCAUCGCGGCCUUCAACGACAUCAUGACCCCCGGCAAGUUCGACAACCAGUAUUACGUCAACCUGGAGCGUGGGUUGGGGCUUCUCAGCACUGACCAGGAUCUGUGGUCGGACGCCCGCACCAAGCCCUUCGUGCAGCGCUACGCCGGGAAUAAUACGGUGUUUUUCGAGGACUUCGCCAAGGCCAUGGAGAAGCUCAGCCUCUUCGGCGUCAAGACGGGCGCCGAUGGGGAGAUCAGAAGGCGCUGCGACGCUUACAACAGCGGGCCAACGGGCAAGGCCGACGCCGCCGAAGCCGCCUGAUCCACAUAAGUUCAUUCCUACAGUACUGUACAUGCAUGCAAGCUUGAGAUUCGCGCACGAAGCUGAUCGAUCGUACGUAGAGGACGGCCGGGUACGUACGUACGUACAUGAUGCAUGCAUGUGACAAAGCUGAUUUUCCUGUUCCGUCGUGCAUGGAGCAAUCUCUUUAAUUUGUGUGCGGGGGAACCAAGAAAAAAGUGUCGAUUAAUUUGUAUUCAUUCUGUAUGUCUGUUUUUUUAAUCCCUAAAUCAGGUUUAAUUUCAUCGCAUCUCACAUAUUGUUUCUUAGGAAUAUAUAACGUCAUUUUUUCUUGUUUUGCAGCUUGUGUCUUGUUUACUUCUUCAUGUUUUCUUGGGGUUUACUAUUUUUAGACGAAAACGGACAUGUUAUUUUGGGGCAAGCAAAGCGAUGUGUUCUGUACUUUUCCGUCCAGAACAGGUCUUGUUCCAUCCAGUAGUAGAUCAAGAAUGACUCGAACAAAAAAUAAAAGAAAAUUGAAAGAGCAUGAGAAAUUAGAUUCUGGCCGCAGUCUUCAGAAUCACUACAUGCUACUAACAGGUCUUCAAGCUCUAUACACACAACAAUAACCCUCGAAUGAAUGGGUGCAGCAUCAGUAAUUAAGGGACCCCAAAAAAUGCUACACAUACAUUAAUCUUUACAACAUUUCUAAAACUUCUGAGGUUCCUGACUUUCCAGGAAAAAAAUCGGUACAGCACAAGGGAGAAAA